AUGAGAGUUGUUGCACUAGUCAGUGGUGGUAAAGACUCUUGCUUUAAUAUGAUGCAGUGUAUAGCUGCAGGCCAUGACAUUGUGGCCUUGGCUAACUUAUAUCCUGUUGGAAAAGAUGAGCUGGAUUCAUUUAUGUUUCAAACUGUUGGGUAUCAGGGAGUUGAAUAUAUUGCAGAAGCUACUGGCUUGCCAAUAUAUCGUGAACCAACAUUUGGUAGAUCAAAAAUGCAAGAAAAAUAUUACUAUCCAACAGAGAAUGAUGAAGUUGAAGAUCUCUUUAGGCUGUUAAGUAAAGUAAAGGAAAAAGAAAAUAUAGAAGCUGUUUCAUCAGGAGCUAUUCUAAGCGAUUAUCAGCGAAUUCGUGUGGAAAAUGUAUGUAGUCGUUUAGGUCUUGUUUCUUUAUCGUAUUUGUGGAGACGGGAACAAGACGAAUUAUUAAAAGAAAUGAUAGAAAGUUCUGUAAAUGCAGUUAUAAUCAAAGUGGCAGCUUUAGGCCUUGAACCAAGGUAUUUGGGUAAAUCGAUCUCUGAAAUGCAACCUCAUCUUGCCAAAAUAAAAGAGAAGUAUGGUGUUAAUGUGUGUGGAGAAGGAGGAGAGUAUGAAACGUUCACGUUAGAUUGUCCCUUAUUUAGUAAAAGUAUUGUAAUUGAUGAAUAUGAAAGUGUUGUACAUUCGAAUGAUAACAUAGCACCUGUCGGAUAUCUUAACUUCAAAAAAAUACAUGUACAAAAUAAGAAUGAUGGCAUAGAAAGAUUAACGUUACAAGAAAGAUUAAAGAAUGUUCCUAUUAAAGUCCCCUCUGAUUACAUCGCAGAGAUCAUUGGUCCGGAAUUGCACGACGGUUGUAAUCUAUCAGAAGAUGAGAACGAUGAUUGUGAUUGUAUAGACAGUAGUUUGAAAACGUCGAAUUCUGGUCAAUUUAAUCCACCGAGUCCUAUGGAGAUUUUAUACGAAGAAGAAGAUUAUCCCGAUGUACCGGUGGUAAAUAAGAAUCAAACCGGCUGGUUCUGGUUUGGGGGUAUUGCCGGGAAACAUCCGGAUCCGAAAUCCGCGAUGCGAGAAGCAUUGGAGAAAUUAAGCAGUCUAGUCAAGAAGGAGAAUCUUCAAAUAUCAGACAUCGUUGCCGUAACGUUGUAUAUAAAAGACAUGUCGAAUUACGUAUCUAUAAACGAAGUUUACAUCUCGUGUCUGAGCAAAAUAAACCCACCGGUCCGUGUAUGCGUGGAAUGUCCGUUAAAUGUACACGUUGUGCUUGACGCUAUAGCCUAUAAAGAAACUCAAGACUGUGGUGAUAAGAAAGUUCAUAAACGACACACAAUGCAUGUACAGAGCAUAAGUCACUGGGCACCAGCGAACAUUGGUCCUUACUCUCAAGCUGUUCGUGUGGGUGAUAUUAUCUCAGUCGCUGGACAAAUACCUUUGGUGCCUGGUAGUAUGACUGUUCUGGACUUGAACAUUAAAAGGCAGUGUCGUCUGACAUUGAGGCAUAUUAAUCGUAUUGUUAAAGCUAUGGACUCGAAUACGCAACUCAGGGACAUUGUACAAGGUAUCUGUUUUUUGACUCACACUAGUUAUAUACCAGACGCACGAAAGGAAUGGGAGAAACGAACAAAUAAUGCCAUCGUGGACUAUAUUGUUGUACCGAACCUUCCACGUGGUGCUCAGGUUGAGUGGUGCGUAUGGGCUCAUAGAGAUAAUAAUAGGUUUGAAUAUGAAGAGACUGGAAAAUGCGUAGGUAAUUUCAAAGUAGCAAUAAGGCGUAGGUGGAAUUACGAAAAUAACGUUUCAGCGAUUGUGUGUUACAUGUCCACUGGUUCAUCUAAUUCGACUGGUAAUUUAGCCACGGAAACAAAUUUACCUUCAACGGAACUGACUGUUAGCGAACUGACAGAAGCGUUCGAGUAUGUACUAUGCAAACUUACAAAAGGCUCGCAAACCGAGAAUCCGUCUUGUAAUCUACGAAUCUUCUACAAGGUUGGAAGUUCCCCAGGACCGAAUUUCGUUCAAAACGUUCUUUCGAAAUUUUCUACGCGAAAUUUAGUUACCACUAUCGUACCGGCAACGCACUUACAUAAUUUCAGUACCUUUUUAUCCAUAUGCGGUAUAAGACACGAGUAAAAGUUAAUGUCGAUGUUUACUUUGUCAAUUAUUUAUAAAAUGAAAAUACUGUGUCGUAGAAGGGAUUGUAAAAGGGAUUUUAUUUGCCGUUUAAAUUAUUUGAAUCAAUGGGUACAGAGCCAAGGACAAAUCGAUUUUAAUACAAAUACAAAAAUCAUUUAACGGCUAUAUGAAAGUUGACCACCGGUGUAAAACUAUAUACACACACACAUAUUCUAAACGAUAAUUUAGCAGUAUCGGUGCUCGAAUAUAAACAUUAUUUUCACAUUUUCUACUGGUCGCGCUUAUUGGGUUUGCUGAGAAAUUCACUUGACACUUGUCCAUAGUGUAUUUGUAUUUGGCUAGUCAACGGGACAUUGACGUGGAUUUUCUUUCGUUUUUUGUCCCGUUAGUGUAAGUGUUUUACAUGUAAUGCAAAGCACGUUAUGUCGUUUCAUAACAUGUACUGUAUGCUACGCCUUGUUUUUUGCUCAAGCUAUUUUUUAUUUUUCUCAUAUUUUACGAUACGUGCGGAGUGUUAAGUGUGACUUUAUGAAAGAAUUUGAAAGCGUGCACAGCCAUUUUUAUAGUAGAGCUCAAAGUUACAAUAAAUUUAAAGGUGACCGAAGGUGUUAUCACGUAUCAGACGUACUAGGGGAAGUUGCAAAUUUUAUUAUUGGUAUGAAGAAAACAAUCUAGUUUAUGUCCUGUUUAAUGUUAGUAAAAGGAUGAAAUGAUAAGCGGAAAUUCGGGUUGCACACUUCACAGCAAAUUGUCCUCUUUCAUUUUUCGAAUGCUGCCGAUGUUGUUCCGCUGUUAUUCAAACUUUGUAUCGUAAACGCAGACAUGUAGCUUUAAAAAAAUGUAUAAAAAAAAAAGAAUAUCUACUUCGCAAAAGUAUUGUAUAAGUCCUCGGUAGUUACAUUGCAUAUAACUGAUCUAUGCUUUAGGGAGACAUCUUGUACAAAAAAAACGACAGGCAAUGUAUUAGAAUAUUUUUGACUGUAUAACAUUUAUGCAACGAUAUGCCAAAGUUCGUAUUUUGCAACUUGGUCAUUGUUUGAACGACUUCAAUACUGUUAUCCUCUUUUCUUUUUGUACAUAUAUUGCUAAAUAAUGUAAAACAUUCUUGCAAUGUAUUAUAAAAUGUAAUUAGUUCGUAACAAAACAAUUGGUUAUCGGUGUGAAUACCAAGGAAUUACAUGAAUUUCUAACGAUACGAGAAAUAACGGAGCAUACUAAUUAUGACGUGAAUACUGCGUUAUUAUAAAUAUGUAAAAAAAUGAUAUUUGCAAACAUCCGACUCUCGCAACAAAAUACUAUUCCGAGGAUUAUAUUGCAAAAGAAAAAUAAAGAAAGUGAUAUAUAUUUUUAAGAAAUUGCGGCUCUGUUUUGUAUGUUACUAUAAUUCCUUGCCGCCUUAAACAUACAUUUACAAGGGACAAGUUAAAGAUUACUAAAAAUUUUAUAUAAUUCUGUAAAGCAGUCUUUCCAAUAAUUAUUUUCCAAUUACUAUCUACAGUUGUAUUGAUUCUAAGGUAAUAUUUUUAACAAUAGAACAAUUUUGACC